AUGGUCCUCCACCGCGACCAGGCCAAAUUCGACCGGGCCCAAUGGCGGCUCAUGGUCCUCGUGCCAUCUUGGAUGGUACAGAUUUCACUCUACCUAGUUCUUAUCGGUAUAUCUGCAUAUCUUCUAGCCAACGCCAUAGGCGUUUCCGAUGAAACAAAUGGGACGGCAAUUGCAUGGGAAUCCAUAACUAUUGGCUUCGCAGCCAUCUCGAUACUAUGCACAGCAUUUGAGAUAUUUAGGACGUUUGCCGAGGCCCUGACACCGAAGGAGAUGGUUGUCUCCAGCCUUGUUAAGCUUGUGGGAAUCAUCGUGUCCAUGAUAAUGGGAGGAUUGAUGUCAGACACUGAUCUUUCCUCAUGGAUCACCGGGACGCAAGUCGUUCACGGCCUAUUGAUCAUCCCGGUACUCGCUCUGGGCUCAUAUGCAGCCUGGAUUUGGAGGUGUCUGGCCCAAUACGACGAUUAUGGCCACCCAGCGAAUGUCAAACCCUUCGGCUUUAAGAGUGAUCGUAAAGACAAACUCUCCCACUCCCGCAACGAGUCCGAUGACUGGGAUGUUGAGCUCCGCGCAUCCUGGGCCUCGAGGGAGGUAGCCAUGGGCAACGCCGUCGAUAUCACAUCACCACCCCCGACGUCACCAUCACCGGAGGACGCUCCUGCCAAGACCCGAGAGCGAGGAUCUUCGUUCGUCAGGGUCGGCGGGCGCCUCAACUUCAGCCUGACGAAUGACGUGGACGCAACAAACGAGCACGCCAGCCGGAGCCGCGCCAACUCGUCAUCCGCUCUCAUGGGCAGCACUAGCACAAUUUUCGAGUCGAUACCCUUGAAUAUGUCCACACCCGACCUGGUCAUCCCGAAGAGGCCAGCGUCCUACAUCUCCGUAACAGGCACGGGGCUCGACCGCCGCGCCUCGUACAACCACACCCGCGACACGGCCUUCGACGAGUACGUCAAGCAGCACCGCAGCCGGCAGCAGAACAUGAGCCAGAGCUCCAUCGCCUCCAGCAGCGGCGGUGGCCGCAGCAGCAGCGCGCCGUUGGCUCGCGUCCGCGCGCUAUCCAACACGGACCGCACCGCGGCACAGCAGCAGAAGUUGAAGAACGACGUCGACGAUGCUAUGGGUACCGCAUUCGGCUGGGGCACGGCGAGCAGGUCGUCAAGCCUUGACAGUGUUAUGGCCGGGGGCACACCGCCUGCGAUUGCCGUGGGCGGCGGCGCGGUGCCUAAUGCCAAGUCUGUGCGGAACAGCCUCGGGCGGGCGCCUAGCGACGGCAGCGAGAGGGGAGCGGUGGACUCAGUACCCGAAAAUGGGGAUAACAACGACAGCCGAGACGGUGAUGUCGACGAGGAGACACGGCAGAAGAAUGUGGACGAGGCGAGUCGGGCUCUGCUCGGCGGACAGCAGGAGGAGGACGACUAUAUCCAUCCGGAGUCGUUGAGGCCGGGCAGUGCAAGGCCCAGGGCUCUGAGUGAGACGAUCGAGUUCAUCGUGACGCCGCCGCCGAGAACGCCGACCGAGGAAAAGGACGGCGGAGUGCGGAAGACGUGGGGAGCUGCAUAUCAGCUAUAA